GCGCCGUAGGCCGAAGCGGAGGGAAGCGCUGAGCCGGCGUGGGCGGGGCGUCCGAGGAGCGCCAGGCCAUGCAGGCCCACGUGUCUAUUAUCCUCCCAGUCCACAACGCUGAACCGUGGCUGGACGAAUGUUUGAGGUCUGUUUUGCAACAGGACUUUGAAGGCACCAUGGAGCUGUCUGUUUUCAAUGAUGCCAGUAAGGACAAGUCUGGGGCUAUCAUUGAAAAAUGGAGAGUGAAGCUGGAAGAUUCCGCUGUCCACGUGAUCAUUGGGGGGCACGAUUCUCCUUCUCCCCGAGGCGAACACAGGGAGAAGACACCUCUGUGCGCCAGGAAGGGGCCCUCACCAGCCACCGAAUCUGCUGGAGCGUGCCUCUUGGAUUUCCCAGCCUCCAGAACUGACGACGUCAUGAUGCCCCAGCGGGUGAGGCUGCAACACGAGGCUGCCGUUCAGCACCCGUCGAGCAUCAUUGGCUGCCGAGUGAGGAGAGAUCCCCCUAACUCCACCGAACGAUACACACGUUGGAUCAACCAGCUGACGCCCGAGCAGCUCCUGACCCAGGUUUUCACCUCGAACGGCCCCACGGUGAUCAUGCCCACCUGGUUCUGCUCGCGAGCCUGGUUCUCCCACGUGGGCCCCUUUGACGAGGGAGGUCAGGGCGUCCCGGAGGACCUGCUGUUCUUCUACCAGCACCUCAGGAAGGGCGGCAGCGUCAUCCGCGUGGACCAGAGUCUCCUGCUCUAUCGCUACCACCCACAGGCGGCCACGCACGCCGUCCUCGAGACGACCAUCUGGACCCACCGCGUCCGCUUCCUGGAAGAGCGGGCCCUGCCCCACUGGGCGGCCUUCACCAUCUGGAACGCGGGCAAGCAGGGGCGCCGGCUGUACCGCAGCCUGACCGCCACCAGCCAGCGCAAGGUGGUGGCAUUCUGUGACGUGGACGAGAACAAGAUCAGGAAAGGCUUCUACUGCCACGAGGACUCUCAGGAAAGACCCAAGCCCCGAAUCCCCAUCCUGCACUUCCGAGCCGCCCGGCCACCCUUCGUCAUCUGCGUGAAGCUGAGCAGAGAGACAAGGGAGGAAGGACAGAUAGCGGCAGAGCGUGUGGAAAUGUUUUCCAGGAAGGAUGGCUUUCAUUUGAGUGACAGCAUCAUUUGAGUGACAGCAGUGGUAGGUGGUGUAAUGGAUUCUGAUGUGGUGGGGGUUGGGGGUACAGCCAGGCUCCGAUUCAAGGACCGAGGACUGUGACGGGAAUGCAUAGUCCCUCCUGUGUCCUGCCAGAGGCCAGAGACUUGUGUCCACCACUCUGCCGGGCUAUCUUCAGGAACGUGUUCAGGAGGUGCUGGGGUGCAGGGCACGUCUGAAAGGCAUUUCUGGACACCUGCUGUGGCCUCAUACAGGAGAGUAGGUGACCUGGCCAAGGCCAGCACACGGGACAAGAUUAAGCAU